CAUGAACUCAUAUUUAAGAGCAUACCUCUUAGAGUCCUGAUCAAUUGUGUCUUGACAUUUGAGAUAGCAACAUGAGUUUUAACGACAAAGUGGUUAUUGUAACUGGCAGCAGCUCCGGCAUCGGAGCCGCCACAGCCAUCAAACUUUCAAAAGACGGAGCUAAAGUGGUUUUAGUGGGGAGGAAUCAAACGAAACUGGACCAAGUUGCAAAGAAGUGCAACAAUCCUUUAACAAUCACUGCCGAAGUGACUAAAGAAGAAGAUUUAAAGAGGAUUAUUAACGACACGAUCAAACAUUUUGGAAAGCUGGACAUUCUUAUCAAUAAUGCUGGUGUCUCUAAUCAAGCAAGUAUUUUGGCCGAAAAUGCUAUGGAAUCCUUCAACCAAACAAUGGCGACAAACCUGAACGCAGUAGUUCACCUAACACACCUCGCUGCGCCACAUCUUGUAAAAACUAAAGGAAAUAUCGUCAAUAUAUCAAGCAUUGCAUCAACUAAAGUGACCGCUUUCCUAGGUUUUGCAUACAACACUUCGAAAGCUGCCAUAGACCAUUUCAGUAGAUCAAUUGCAUCAGAACUAGCUUCAAGUGGAGUUCGAGUAAACUGUGUUAAUCCAGGUCCCGUGAAAACUGAUAUUGCUGACAAAAUGGUGAGAACAAAAGCUGAACUAGAUGGCUUUUGGGAAUUCGCUAAGACAAAAACAGCACUAAAUCGAGUUUCUGAUCCAGAGGAAAUUGCAGAUUUGGUUUUGUUUUUGGCAAGCGACAAAGCAAAGGGCAUCACUGGUUCAGCGUUUGUCAGUGAUAAUGGAGCCUUAAUAAAAUCUGAUUAAUUCGAAAAUGUUAUCUUUUGUAGUGUCAACUAACAAAUUCUUGUGUCUGUGUGUGAUUCUUUUUUUAAUAAAGAGUUUUCGAUUUACAUUA